AUGACUCCACAUAAGGACGAGGUCAAGGUAGAAAAACAGCAGUCGUUGGAUCUAAUGAAACAGAAGAAUCUGUCCCAUUGCAUAAGCUCAACGCACAACAACUUACCGGUCCAUAAAGUGACAGUACAUCCUCUUGUUCUACUAAGUGUAGUGGACCAUUUUAACCGCGUCAGCAAAACGCAAAGUGUCAAACGAGUUGUUGGCGUUCUACUCGGUUCCAUGAAGAAAGACAGAACACUAGACAUCGGAAACAGUUUUGCAGUGCCAUUCGAUGAGGAUGAAAAGGACAAAAGUACGUGGUUCCUUGAUAUGGACUACUUGGAGAGCAUGUAUAUAAUGUUCCACAAAGUGGCUGCUAAGGAGAAGAUUGUAGGUUGGUAUCACACCGGACCAAAGCUGCAUAAGAAUGAUAUUGCGAUUAAUGAACAGAUGAAACGAUUCGUGCCACAUCCGGUCCUAGUAAUUAUUGAAGCGGAGCCAAAAGAUAUCGGACUACCAACUGAGGCAUAUAUUGAAGUGCAAGAAGUUCACGACGAUGGCACUCCUCCCAUCAAGACUUUCGAACAUGUGGCCAGUGAAAUCGGUGCAGAAGAAGCGGAAGAAGUAGGCGUAGAACAUUUGUUGAGAGAUAUCAAGGACCAAACCGCUGGGACUUUGUCGCAACGAAUUACAGAUCAGCUCAUGGGCCUUCGUGGCCUACAUUCACAGUUGCUAGACAUUGAGAAGUAUCUACAAGAUGUAGCGGCAAAUCGUCUUCCCAUCAAUCAUCCUGUUAUUUAUCACAUUCAGGAGGUUUUAAAUCUCUUACCAGAUGUUACUCAUCCCGACUAUGUGACUGCCCAAAAUGUUCAAACAAAUGACCAGUUGAUGUGCGUUUAUAUGGGAUCACUGGUGCGAUCAGUGAUUGCUCUACAUAAUCUCAUUGAGAAUAAAUUGGCAUUACAAAAAGCUGAAAAUGAGCAGGAAGAUGGAGGUGAUAAGAAGAAAGACGACAAGAAAAAAGAUGAGAAAAAGGAAGGAAAGGAUAGCAAGAAAGAAGAUACAAAGAAAAGUAUAUUGAAGAAAGAAAAAGGAUCGCCAAGAAACAAAAAGCCAUGA